AUGCCUGUCGACGUUGCAAUCAUUGGAGCCGGUGUUGGCGGUCUCACCCUAGCGGUGGCCCUUCGAAACAAUCCAAAUCUCAAUGUCAACGUCUACGAAAGGGCAACAGAACUGAAGGAGAUCGGUGCCGUUGUAGGCCUCGCACCCAAUGGCCUGAGAACGUUGGAGAAACUGGGUGUGCAUGAGGUCCUUACGGAUGAGGUUGGUUGGCGAAACAGAAACCGCAUACCAAUGAUCUUCAAGCAUUGGAAAACUGGUGAAGUUCUAAGCCAGGAUUACAAUCACAAUGUCCCAGAAUGGCGACAUCAAUUCGCUAGGAUGCAUAGGGCAAAACUUCAAAAAGCACUUCUCGCGCAUGUUCCGCCGGCAUCGAUACAUGUGGGCAAGAAAGCCAUCCAGGUUGAAGCCGACAGACUCAAAGGAGUCACGGUGGUGUUUGCUGACGGUACUUCCAUCCAUGUCGAUAUCUUGAUCGGGGCAGACGGUAUCAAAUCCAAUAUCAGAGGAAAUUUCGUGCCAAACCAUGAGCUCGUAUGGAAUGGGGAUAUAGUUCUUCGGUCUGCAUUUGACUAUGACUUGGUGAAAGACCUGGAUAUCCCGCAAGACUCGUCACAUUUUACGGGGCCAACAGGAUUCUUCUUUGGCACGCGCAUCGGAUCAGAACAGUUCGCGGUCACAGCCGCGUUCAUGGUUGACCCAGCGACGGACCCCGAGUUUUCAGAGCCUGUGUGGAACGGGCCAGCAGACAUUGAAAUUCUGAAGGAGAGAUUCAAGGACUGGCAUCCGGUCAUCCCAAAGAUCAUCGACAGGGUUCCAUGGGUCCGGCGGUACGCGAAUGUAGCAGGCAGUGCUCUGGAUCAAUGGUCUUUUCAGGAUCGUGUCACAUUGCUAGGAGAUGCUGCGCAUACACAUGGUGGUGCUUUUGCUGCCGGGGCAUCGUUGGCCAUUGACGACGCUUACACCUUGUCUCUAGCGUUGAACGAAGCAUUCCCACCUAGUCAAGUGUUUGAAGGGCCGGCAGUCGAUCCUGAACGCAUCGGUCGCGCAUUUGACCGAUAUGAAAGAUUAAGACGACCACAUACGGCAAAAGUGCUUACACAUGUGCACGACAGCCGAGCCAAAGCGCGGAAACGAUUUGACAAUAAGCUGGCUGGGAUCACGGAGUCUGAUUCAGACUUUAGGAAACGUGUUGCAGAUCGCCCGGAUCCUGUAUGGCUCAACGAGCAUGACGCGGAGAGGGCGUUCAGAGAGGCGGUAGCUGCCGACCGGCUUCUGUCACGACAGAAUCAUGGCGCAUCGGACUUGCAACAAGCAAGGCUCUAG